AAAUUUUGCUUCAACCAUUUUGUUUUUCGAUUUGUGUCUUCAACGUGCGGUCGCGUCUGUAGAUUGAAGUUGAUCUUUUAAGUGUAUUAAUAGAAAAUAUUCGUGAUAUUUCGCUUUUGUCUCUCUUAUUAACUACGAACAUCGCUAUGUCUGAUCGAGAGAGAAGUCGUUCGAGGACUCGCAACGGUUCUCGCGAGCCGGUACCGAAACCUGCGGUGAUGUCCAGAGGACAUAGUCGAAGCCGGUCCAGGACGCCGCCCCCGCCAAAAGCAACUAGCAGAAAAUAUAGAAGCCCCAUGCUAACAAGCGGUCUAACGGUUGAUGGUAGGACACACUCCAGAUCGCGAUCCCGUUCCGGCUCGGCUCGUCGCGGCUACCGCUCGCGCCACUCGCGCACCCGCUCUCGCUCUUACUCACCCCGGGGCUCAUACCGCCGCAGUCAUAGUCACAGCCCUAUGUCAUCCCGGCGCCGUCAUCUCGGUGACAGGGUGAGACUUUUGGAAAACCCUACCCCCUCUCGGUGCCUCGGGGUUUUUGGACUUAGUCUUUAUACAACUGAACAGCAGAUAAACCAUAUCUUUUCUAAGUAUGGACCCGUUGACAAAGUGCAAGUUGUAAUUGAUGCAAAGACGGGCCGUUCCCGAGGGUUUUGCUUCGUUUACUUUGAGGACAUGGAAGAUGCUAAGAUUGCAAAGAAUGAAUGCACCGGAAUGGAAAUUGACGGUCGUCGCAUCCGCGUCGAUUAUUCCAUAACACAGCGAGCUCACACUCCCACUCCGGGCAUCUACAUGGGCAAACCUACCAGAAUAAGUAGCAGAGGCGAUAAUGGAUACGACAGGCGCCGCGACAGAGACGACUACUACUACCGCGGCGGCGGCGGCGGCGGCGGCUACCGCGAGCGCGACUACUACCACCGCGGCUACCGGCACCGCUCGCCCUCGCCGCACUACCGCCGCACGCGACGCUACGAGCGGGAGCGCUCCUACUCGCCCCGUCGUUAUUAGUAUUGAAACAAGAAGUAAAGGAUGAAGUUCCUUGAAACUAACUGUGUUGAAGUUUUGAAAAUGUUUGCAUUGAAAAAAGCCCUUUCGAAACGGCGGUCGAAAACCCGGACCGGCCGAGGGAAGUUCGCCGCUUGUCGAAGCGAAAAGAAUAUGAUCGGGUUACCCGCUUUGUAGGAAGCAACCAAGCUUUCAAGAACUUUGAAGAGAGAAGUGUCGCGCUAAAUUUUGAUCAUAUUCUUUAUCUUCCGACUUAAAAACAAUAAUAAUAAUCGUAAUAAUUCUGCAGUAAAUCUAACACACGUUGCAUUUCACUUCGGUAUUUACAUGUUACAUAUAUUAUUUUUAUUAUAUGUAUUCGGUUUUUAUUUGAGUUUGACAUAUCUAUAUAGUUAGAUGUAGUGGUAACUUGUGAGCGACUAUCAAUAAAACAAUAGUUUUGUAACGUCGUAUGUAGUACUUCUUCAUUCAUUGCGUUUCUCUCUCCCACCUUUUCUUAUCCAUCAUUCCCUUGAUAUUUUUGAUUCUUGAUAAUGUGCAGACCUACGAGUUGAAUGCACUGGCAAAUGACUCAAAUCUGUUACUGGUGGUGAGACUGUUUCAUCAGUCCCGUGUUUCAUUAAAGUUUUAGUCGCCUUAGAUUCUUUUCUAAUGUGCAACAAUAUUCGCGAACAACUUGUUUUCACCUUUACCGUCUCAAAGCAUUCCAUAUAUUUUUAGUGAAAACAAUGACCUCAGAAUUAUGUUGAAUUUGGCACUAACAAAAUAACAAAACAAGUUUUCUUGAAACGUGACCAAAAUCGUUUGUUUUUCUCAGAAUGGGAUCGACUUGUAGGUAUGAUCGUAGUUAAUUCGUAAGAGUUUUGGAAUUGUAUGUAUAUAUAAAUAUUAGUUAUUGACAAAAUAAUUACUGGUGUUUC